CACUAGGUCAGCGUCAUGCUAGGCCUCGUUUGACACCUUGGAAAAUUAGUUGCGUUUUAUCGCCUUAUUUUGCAAUUUUUCCGUGAAGUGUGUAUAUUAUCGUGAUCCUCACAGCCGUAAAAUGUACAGCAAACUCAGUGAUACUGGUGAUACAUUGUGAAAAUCGAGAAAUUAAAUGUGUUCAUACAGGGUGGUAUCUCAGCUGUCAAACCACCGUGACGGCCGAAAAAUGUUUCAGGAUUAGGAAAAUAUUUGGUUCUUCAAGGAAAAAUAAAAUAAAGCAAUAAAACGCAACUAUUUUUCAGUAUGUCAUUUCUCGCUUCUGACGUCAUCAAACCAAGAUGGCCGCCCUAGAGAUAGCAGAACCUUAAAAAUGUAGGUGGCACUGACUAGAAUAUAACAGUGUGCACCACACCGUAUGGUCCUGAGGUUUUCAUUAUAUUGCGAGAUUAUACGUGAUUUUAACAGAUGCUAUUAGUUCCGAUCUAUAAUAGAUAUCGCCAACUUAAAGGACAAUACUGUGAACAUUACCUAACGAGUUCUUCGUAGAAAUCACGAUCAUGGCAGAAAUAUUCGAAGAAGGUCAAUUUAGCGACGCUGAAGAGGAAGAAGUAACUUGCGAUGACCCUUUUUUCAGGAAGACCCAAGUUUACAAAACAGCCACGAAUGAAGGAAAAUCUGCCUCUUUCUCAAGUCCCAUGACGAGUCUCGUGGAGGUGGCAACUAAAUUGAAAAUUGUGAACAGUGAAGAUGAUCUCUGUGAAAGUGACAUUGAGAGUGACACUCACUGCGAUUGGGACGAGGACAAUAUGCGUGGGAAUACUGUCGUGAAGACAAAUGCACAAACUGCCAAUAAUCGACACGUGUCCAGCAAAGUCGCGAAUUACCAGCCUAUGAAUAAGUUGCUGCGCCGUUACGCAGAUAAGAUCAAUAUGGAGAAAUACGAGGGUCCUUCAUUGUCUAAUUAUGUAGUAAACGUAUUGAUAGAGAACAAUAAACGUACCGAGAAGGGUCGCAUAAGAACGAAGGACAAGCAGGAUCGCGCGACGGUCGAGCAAGUGUUGGACACUCGCACAAAAAUGAUUCUGUUCAAGCUGUUGAACAAGGGACUGAUAGCGAGGAUAGACGGUUGCAUUUCGACUGGGAAAGAGGCCAAUGUGUAUUACGCGCUCUCAGCAACGGGGACGGAGGUUGCCAUCAAAAUAUACAAGACGUCCAUUUUACAAUUUCGAGAUCGCGACAAGUAUGUGAACGGUGAAUUCCGUUUCCGUCACGGCUACUCCAAGCACAAUCCGCGUAAAAUGGUGCGAACUUGGGCGGAAAAGGAGAUGCGGAAUUUGGUGCGUCUACAACAAGCUGGCAUAAGCGCACCCAAGCCGAUUUUAUUGCGCAGCCACGUAUUACUGAUGGAUUUUAUCGGUGCGAAAGGCUGGGCGUCACCGAAACUGAAGGACGUCGUACUGACCGCCUCGAAGUUGACUAUGCUGUAUCGUGAAUGCAUAGAGAUGAUGUGGAAGAUGUAUAAUAAAUGUAGGCUCGUUCACGCCGAUCUGAGCGAGUACAAUAUGUUAUAUCACAAUGGUUCACUGGUAAUCAUCGAUGUCUCACAGUCUGUGGAGCACGAUCAUCCUAUGGCGUUAGAGUUCCUCAGAAAGGACUGUACUAAUAUCACAGAAUUCUUCAAAAAGCAUAAUGUAGCUGUUAUGACGGUCAAAGAGUUAUUUGACUUCAUAACAGAUCCAACCAUAAACGAGAAUAAUAUGGAUGAAUAUCUGGACGUGAUGGACGAAAAGAAGAAGCAGAAAGCGGAUCAAGAGAGCGAUUUUGAGGAGCAAGUCUUUAAACAAGCUUAUAUCCCGCAAUCAUUAGUUCAGGUGAUCGAUUUUGAACGCGAUAUCAAUCUCGCGAAGUCUGGCAAGGAAAAUUUGAUUUACAAGACAUUGAUCGGUUUAAAAACGGAUUUAUCCAAGCCUGCGGAAAUACCAGAGAUUCUUGCUGCUAGACAAUGUAAGGAUGAUGACAAUGACACAGAAGAAGACUACGAUGAUAGUGAGAGUGAUAAUGGAAAUGACAGUGAUGAAGUAGAUGAUAAACAUAAGAAUGUGGGCACAUCAAUAAAUAUAGUUAGACGCAAAGACGAGAGUCCAGAAAGUAAAAAAGCGCGCAAGAAAGCAGUCAAAGAAGAACAAGCAAAGAAAAGAAAGAACAAAAUAAAAAAGCACGUGAAGAAACGUAAAACAAAAAAAAUUAAAUAGAUUUUUGUAAAUAUUAAAAGAAGUACAAAAGAAUUUUAUAACACGAAUAUUUAAUAAUGUUCAAGCGAGAUUUGGUUGUACCGUGUGUAAAAUAUAUCUCUUUUUUCAUUAA